UUAUUUUAUUGUUUGCUCCAUUUAGCUCUUAUUUCCGUGCUUACUAUCGUAGGUGUAACAGCCAUGAAUCAGGUCUUCCCCUUUAUGUUUGUACUCUUUAUGAUAUUUCUAGGACUGUACCCCGGAACACAGAGCCAACGGGUGCCAACGAUCCCAACUUUCCCUCCAUUUUGUGCAGCUCAGAUUGGAAUUGCAAAUCAUGCGUGCUAUAUGCUGCCAUUCAUAUCCAUCCAUCCAACCUCUCAUCCAUCCCCGACACUUUCUCCUCUAUUGCCUCUGUCUCUGACUCUCUCUCCUCCUAUACAUCCUUCCUCGGACAAAUCAGGUGGCGGUGGUCACAACCACGGGCACGAUGACGAUCACAAUCACGAUCACGGGCACGGGCACGAUGACGAUCACGAUCACGGUCAUAAUCACGGGCACGAUCACGAUCACGGUCAUGGGCACGAUCACGGUCACGGGCACGAUCACGGUCACGGGCAUGAUCACGAUCACGAUCACGGUCACGGGCACGGGCACGGGCACGGGCACGGUCACAGGAAUGGAGAAAUGCAUAUUAAACGUAAAUGUUGCCGAUCGUUAAAAGGUGUUGACCCGUUCUGUGUUUGUGGAUUGCUGAUGCGCUUGCCACCUUUUCUUUCAAGACCUCUACACAAUUACACAAUCGUGGUUGAAGAUUCAUGUAAUGUGAUUUUCCAGUGCGGAUCGAGUUGGUUGAAGGUCUAAAUGUUAUCUGUUACUGUUAAAGAGUAACUUAUGAUACUAUGUUUUAAUAAAAGGUGUUUCACUUUGGUAAAUUGAGUA